CUAAUAAUACAAAUCUCGUACAGAAUAACCUAACCCCCCAAGUUUUUUUUUUUUAACAUUCUUUUUUCUCACACAAUAAAAGCUGUCAUGACUUCAGCAGAUCAAGAUCAAACAAUGGCAUUAAACGCUUUAAACGUCACUUAUGAAAUCGCUAACCUUCAACUUGAAGCAACCACCAUUUCCUCCAAAGUAUCAGGUUAUUUCUCGGGAUACUACAACUAUUUAAAAAAGAAGGACAACACAGCCAUAAAUGAUCCUGUAACAGCACCAGCACCACGUCAAACUGGAGACUACCCACCUAAUGGUGUUUUAAGAGCUCAUGUCUUGAAAGCUGAAUGUUGUCUUCAGAUUGCUAUUUUACAGUUAUUACAAGAGUCUGUUAUGGGUUACGUAAAAUGUGGGCUCAAUUUACGUAAGGCGUACAGUUCGUACAGCUAUGUUUGGCAAGAAUAUCAAAAGAUGGGUGCAGAUCAUUCAGCAUUCAUGGAUUCUGAUACUAUAUCUGGUGUACAAUUCGGUAUUGGAUCUGUACAUUUAGUAUUAUCAGCUUUACCUGCUAAAAUUCUCAAGGCCAUCAGUGCAUUUGGUUGGAAGCCAGAUAAACAACUUGGGUUUAUUUUGUUAAAUCAGUGUGCAGAAGCAAAACGGGUUCGAUCUUCCAUGGCUACCAUCAUGCUUAUGUCGUAUUACACUGCUGCUAUAUCUUUUGCACCCCAAGUCCUUACUGAAGUUUAUAAAAAGACUGCCAUGGAUAUUUUAUUAGAUGCACAAAGACAUCACCCUAAUUCUGCCUUGUAUUUAUUUUUCGCUGGACGUAUGGCUCGUAACGGGUUGGAUUUACCACUAUCUACACAAUCAUUUUUGUAUACUGUGGAAGUGAGUCGGGGUGAAUGGGCUGAAGUUGCUGUCACCAACUCUUGCCGAUUUGAAAUGGCUAUUAAUCAUAUGAUUACUGGUAAUUGGAGCCACGCAGCAUCCACCUUUGAUUACUUGUGUGAGCAACAUUACUGGUCUGCUGCGUUCUGUAAAUAUGCACAGGGAGCAUGUUAUGAAAUGAUGGGAGCACGCACAGAAGCCGUCUUAAUCUUUGCACAGGUCUCAGACCUAGUUGUAAAGAAACUAGGGGGUCGAUUAUCUGAUAUUGAUAGUUAUGUACUUCGUAAAGUGACCAUGUUUCAAAAGAGUGGAUAUCAAAAUUUGGAUUUCUAUGCACCUAUUUUGGAAUUCAUGUGCAUUUGGAAUAUUUUCCCUUAUGUCAACCAUGAUUUACUCAAGAUUGCCUUGGAUCGUAUCCAACGUGGGUUAACAACCAUCCAAAAAUGUGAGCAAGUUGUACAAGAAGAGCGUAUGCUGGAAAUUGCACCUGAUACACCAUUACCGGAUUACUUUGAUGAAAGAGCUAGUUUACUCGUGAUUAAAUCCUCGAUUUUGAAUGUGAUGGGAUUAGCAGAGGAAACCACGUUAGAUAUUAACUGGAUUCUGGAUCACAAAGAAUGUAUCUUGCAAGACACUUGGGCCGUGCCUUAUGCUUUAUGGGAAGCUGGUAUUGCUUGUUGGACACUUGAUUUGAAAAACAAGAGCCGACAAGUUUGGGAGAUGGCUUUGGAUCAUGGAAAGCAUGAUUUUGAACAUAGAUUGGCAGUCAGAUUAAAUUUGGCUCUUACACUUACAGAAGAAUUAGGAUUUACGGAUCCAAAAACUGAGCCAACAGGUGAAAAGAAAUUAUUCUCUAUUGGUUGAUUGGGAUUUUUUUUUUUUUUUUUUUUUUUACACCUGUACUUCAAUCCCCCAUAAUUACUUAAUACACAUUCCCCCCACUAUUUUUUUUUUUUUUAUUCAACUUUUUUUUAUUAUUAUUUAUUUUCGGUUUCUUUUUUAUAUUCUAAAAUUGAGAGUUGGUGGUUUGACCUUGUUUCAAGGCUCUUUCUUCAAGGUACAAGGCCUUUUGAGUCCACUUCUUGCUUUGAAGAGUUUGUAAGAC